AUGGAAAGGGGAGAGGAACUGGAGGCACGACGGGAAGAUGGAAAGAAGAUGGGUCGAACGGAAAUGGGAAGGCGAAGCUAUUCGGCUGGAUCUCGAGGGCGACCAGCCGAUAAAGCUAGCAAGAGCGAUAAGGCCUAUCGAUUGUGGACGAACCCCAUCAAGAUGAAGCAAAUGAUCCUAUACGAUCCUAUCGAGGACUGGGAAUGA